UUUGUUUUUUAAAGAGCCUUCUAAUUCAGGGGGUCUUUUUUGUCAAUUAUGAAACCUUUCCUUGUACUAGCACUCUGCUGCAGUUUUUUGUCUAGCAGAGCCACCCCUCUUCCAUUUGAGUUUUCGGACUGUGAUGACCCUGAUGUCUUUAAAGCUGUUGACACAGCACUGAAGAAAUACAAUGGAGACGGAGCAACUGGUAAUCAAUUUGCCCUAUACAUGGUGAUGGAAGCCAAGAGAACUGCAGGUCCUGACACACAAUUCUAUGUGAAAUAUCGAAUACACGAAACCACCUGUGCCACUGAGGAAAACAAACUCUGGCAAGACUGUGAUUACAAAGUACCUGCAGAGGCUAAAACAGGAGAAUGCACAGCUCGAGUUCACAUGAAUAAUGCUGAAAAAACAAGUAAUGUUUCGCAAGAUUGCAAAAUUUUUCCAGCUACGCCAAAGAUACCACUUGGUAAGGCUACCUGUCUUGGAUGCUUCCAUCCUAUAUCAAGUGACAGUUCAGAAGUAUCAGAAAUACUGAAACAAGCCAUUCAAAAUUUUAACAGGCACAGUGCUGAACCUGCCCUUUUUAAGCUUGUGGAAAUAAAAGAAGCUAAAAGACAGGUGGUAGCUGGAUGGAAUUAUGUAAUCAAAUAUGAAAUCGAGGAGACUAAUUGCUCCAAAGACCAAUUUCAAGAUUUAACUCGAGAGUGCAAAACCACUUCUAGAGGUCGUGUAGCUAAAUGUGAUGCCAAAGCAUAUGAAAAUCCUCAAGCGAAGAUCAUAGAUAUUGCAAGCCAAUGCAAGCUUACAGUUGAAGACAUGGUAAUUCCCGCCACUCACGUUGGUUGCCCAAAGACUAUCCCAAAAGACAGCCCAGAACUGAAAGAUCUACUGAAGGUUUCUAUGGAGAAGUAUAAUUCGGAGAGCAACGAUGAUUUCUACUAUAAAGGCGGAAACAUAGAAGCAGCAACAGUUCAGGUGGUUGAAGGACACAACUAUCAUUUAACAUUUUCAAUCCAGAAGACAAACUGCUCAAAGACAGAGUUCGAAAAACUUAAUGAAGACUGUGAAGCCACAUCAGACAGUGCAUUAACAUGUGAAGCACAAAUUCAUGUGAUUCCAUGGGAGAAUAAAAUCGUUCCCCAGGUUAACUGCUCUAAAGAACGGACAGCGGCUGUGUUAGUAAGAAGGCCUCCUGGAUUCACACCUUUCCGAAGAUUUGCUGCACUAAACCAGCCACAUCAAAUUUUAUGCUCUGAUACGUAUGAAGAAGAAAGGCAAAGACCUAGCGAAGAAACGAGAAAAGAUGGUGGACAGGAACCAGAACAUGAAGGUGAAUCUGAGCAUAAACACAGGCAUAAACAUGGGCAUAAACACAGGCAUGGUUAUAAAAAGGACCAUGAGUCUCACAAAAGGCAUAGGCAUGAAACUGGUAGCAGGCACAGAACUGGCCAUGGGUGUGGGCAUAAAAACCACAGUAAAAAUGGUAAACAUAAACAUCCAAACCACAAAUCUUCUGAGGAGUCCAAUGAAAGGGUUUUUAAUCAAAACCAAACCCUCCCAUCAUCCAGUGCUGAAACAGCAUCAGAGCUAGUUAAUCCAGGGGUUGCAAGAAGGGAAGCCAGUACACUUGCAGAACCACUAAUUAUUCCUGAUACUUCUUUAUUUAAUGCGUUGCCAGAUCGCCCAGAAUCUCCUUCCCCUAGAUGUCCUGGAAAACCAUGGAAACUAAUUACAGACCUUCCAGGUCCUUCUAGCUUUUCCACAGAAUUCACAAAUGAGGAUCUCUUGCCUUCCACAACAGAAAACACCAAUCUAGCAACAGAAGACUUUGAUCUCUCAGAUGCUUUAGUAUAA